CAUUCAGAAACAGAUGGUCAGUUUUACAUGAUUUACAAAGAUUCAUUCAGCAAAACCUAGAAACAGUGUCAACAGUAAGUUCACACGGAAAUCAUGGCAGAAAUUAAGGAUUUAAAGAGGAAUAAGUUUCAUUAACGUGUUCGGGUGAAUUAUAUGAGGGUCGAGCCAGAACCUGGGAUGAACUGGGAAAGAUGACUGCAGGAUGAGCUGUAGAUCACCGACCGGUCUGCGGGGGGCAGCGUCGCAUUUUACAGUCUGCCAGAAUUUUUCCGAAGAAGAAGAAAUGCAAGGAAAGGAACCGUGGACCAAACCCGAGCAGAAUUUAAACUGUCAGCUUUUUGGUCCAACUCUCUGAAUUAGCGCAGUUCAGAGAAUUUUAGUUAAAUAAAUUUACUAAAAGUUCACUAACCGCCGAGUAAAUUGAUGAUUUUUCACCCUGACACGCGUGCCGACUGUUGGCUAGCUGGCUAGCUCAGCUGCUAACUACAGCGACACUUUCGGGCCUCGUUCUCCACAUUACAGGCGAACUGACUCCGCUCCGCCAGGGACAUGGGCCGCGGAGAUGGACCGAUGAGGGGCAGACCGCCCGUUGGCGAAGAAGGACCUCCUUUCGGAUGGGGUCCUCCUCCGCCUGGGGCUUGGGGUCCUCCUCCGCCUGGUGGCUGGGGCCCCCCCCCACCCGGAGGCUGGGGCCCUCCGCCUGAGGAAUGGGGCCCACCUCCUCCCGAAGGAUGGGGACCACCACCUCCUGGAGGAUGGGGUCCAAGAGGGUCUCCACCGGACUGGGACCCGAGAGGUCCCCCACCUCCCGACUGGGACCCAAGAGGUCCCCCACCUCCCCACUGGGACUCGAGAGGACCCCUUCCUCCCGACUGGGACCCGAGAGGUCCCCUUCCUCCGGAUUGGGACUUGAGAGCACCCCCUCCUCCGGGCUGGGAUCCAAGAGAUCCACCACAUCCCGACUGGGAUCCAAGAGGUCCCCCACCACCUGGUUGGGGUCCUCAUCCUGAGGACUGGGUGCCUCCUCCAGACUGGGUUCGUCACCCAGAUUGGAGAUCCCGACACCCAGGUUGGGGUCCUGAAAGUCCACCCGAGACAUGGGGACCUGAAUCUGUUCCGCCAGUUCCGCCAUCGGUAGCACCAGCGUUGCCUCCCGGUGUGCCCCCACCCCCUCCAGGUACGAUUCCUCCUCCGGACCCUGCAGCCUGCCCUCCGGGGAUCCCGCCUCCGGCCUGCGUACCUCCAUUCGGUUUCCCGGCCUUCCCUCCUCCCGGAUGGACCGGAGAGGCUGUUGUGGAAGAACCGAUGCCGAACCCGCCACCAGAUCAGCCCGAGUGGAUCAAAGCUCUGAUUUCAGCUCCGCCCGGAGAGAGCGCUCCAGCCGAGAGUAAAAAAUCCCCCGAAGAGUCCGUCAUCACCGUACCGCCUCCCCCUGAGCCCGACCUGCCUCUCACUCCUGAACCCACACCCACCCCGAAACCAAAACCUGAAAUUAGCAAGGCGGCCAAGGUUCUGGGUCUGCUGGGAAAACGCACGUUUGAAAAGCCUCCUCCAGGUCGGUCCACUGGGAUCAUCUCCUUCAUCGGGCCAACCUUCGGAUACAUAGAGAGAGAGGACCUAGAGAAGUUCAUCUUCAACUUCGACGUCUUCUUUGGGAACCCAAAAGCCAUGACGCCCGGGGUCCGAGUCCACUUCACUGCCUGUGUAGAGAAGAACCGUUCUGUUGCCACGGAUGUCAAAGUGGCUCCAGGUGGAACUGAGAACGUGGAUCCGGAGAUCUAUGAAGCUGUGGUCAGUCAGCCCAUCGCGGAGCCUCAGCCCGGCGAGCGCCAGUACCCCGGUCAGGUGUACGUGACCAUCGGACCGGUCCGCUUCAACCUGCCGUUCGACAGGAAGGACAGCACGGUGUCGCUGCUAAAGAACGACCAGGUGCUCAUCAACCUGCUGACCGACAUCGUCACGGAGAAACGCAAAGCUACCAACAUCAAACCCAAGAUCCCUGCCACCUUCAGCCACACCAACGAGAUCAGAGAGAAGGGAGUCAUCAUCAGCUUGAAGGAUGGCGAAGGCGUCAUCAAGUCCGACGAACACGGCGAGCUUAUCUUCGAGGUCAGAGAGAACCUCAGCGACGUGGACUUCACAGAGGAGGACAUCAACGAGGAGGUGGAGUUCACCGUCGUCGAGCUUCGAGCUGGGAAACGAGCCAUUCGGAUCCAGCGGGCCAAAGAGCCCCUUCUUCUGACUCUCUGCACCGCUACUAACUCCGCCUCCUUGAACUACGAGCCUGACACCAACGGCGAUGACGGCUCCCCCCACGUUCUCAAGAAGAAGCCCGCGGCCAAGCUGGAGCUGGGGCCCACCAUGGUCUUGGACACGGAGCUGUACGAGGGCACCGUGAGCCAACCCAUCAUUGAGCCGAAGCCCAACAUGCCGGGUUAUCCGGGUCAGAUCCACGCCAACAUCGGCCCAUUGAAGACCAACGUGACGUUCGACCACCGGGACUGUGCCGUGACGCUCCUGAAGAACGACCACGUGCUGAUCAACCUGCUGGUGGACACGGUGACGAGGAGGCGGCGAGCCGCCAACAUCAAACCCAAAAUCCCGUUCACCUUCAGCUACACCAAGGAGACCCGAGAGAUGGGUACCAUCGCCUCGCUGGGCGCUGAGGAGGGGAUCAUUCUAUCUGAGGAGCACGGCGAGAUUCCCUUCGACAUCACAGAGAACUUCAGUGACAAGGAGUUCAACGCCGAUGACGUCAACAAAGAGGUGGAGUUCACAAUGGCUCAGGUGAAGUCCCAAAAGAGAGCGAUCAGGCUGAGGAGAAUAAAGAAAGACUGUGGGGAUAAAAUCCUGCAGGACCAGAAGAAACGGGAAACGGAGGAGAAGAGGAGGAAGAAGGAGGAGGAGGAGAGGAAGAAAAGAGAGGAGCUGGAGUGGAAGAAGAGGGAGGAGGAGGAGCGAGAGAGGGAGGCAGAGAGGAGAAAGAAGGAGGAGGUGGCUGCAGCGCUGGCAGCCGCCAAAGAUAAGUGGACUCCACUCGGCUUCAAGAUCAGCAUCCCCGACUCGAUGGAUGACAUCAGCAAGGAGCGAUUUGAAGGCACCGUCCUUAAAGCCAUCUCCAAAAACCCUCGUAAGGAGGUGAAGGUGAAAUUAGAGAACAAGGAGGAUGGGCAGGAGCUUAUCACACAGGUGAAAAUAAAAGAGGAGAAACUGGAUGAAGCUGAUUUGAAGGAAGCAGGAGGAGAGGGGCUGAAGGAGGUGAAAAAGGAGGAGGAGGAGGAGGAUGAAGAGUCAAAGAGGGAUGAGCCUGGUGAAGCUGCAGUUGGAGUGAAAGUAGACCCGGACAUUGGACGGUUGGUGAUGACCAUCGAUGGCGAGCAGAAGCAGCUUUCCUUCGGCCCCAAAGACCUGCUGACCAAAGCCACCAUGCUGGAUGGAGAUAAGGUGCGUUUCAACAUCGCCACCAAUCGGGAGACCAAAGAAGAAAGAGCAACGUUUGUGGAAAUUCUCCCCGACUCCUUUGAAGAGUCCAUUGAACAACGUCGACACGGUAUUGUGAUCGAAUUCUCGAAUGACUCUGGGCUCAUCAAGUGCUCUCAGAAUCCUCAGCUCUUCUUUAACAUGUCCGAGGUGAUAGAGAAGAAGAGACUGGAGCUGAACGAGAAGGUCGAGUUCAGCGUCGUCCCGCAUGAAACGGCAGAAGGGGGGACGCAGGCCAUCAGGAUUAAACGUUUCACUGAGAAAGUUUUCCUUCCUGUUCGAAAACUUGGUGGUGUUGGAGCAAACAAAGGAAAGAUGACCAUCAAACUGACCAAACCAGCAGAAGACGAAAAGGAGAAACCUGAGGCUGACAAACUAAAGGCCAUGGUGAAAAAUCUGAGGAAGGAUUAUAGCAUCAGCCGACGUAAACGCGGUCGUAGCAGGAGUCGCAGCAGAAGUCGGAGCAAGAGCAGGAGUCGGGCAAGGAGUGAAAGUAGGAGUCCACCCACAGAUCAGUUUGGACGUGUCAUAAAAAAGAAACGCAGCUGCAGCCCCGACCGCAGGAGCAGCAGGAGUCACAGACGAAGCCAAGAGAGGUCACACAGGCGCACCAGAAGCCGCUCAAAGAGUCGCAGCAGGAGUCGCAGCCGAAGUAGGAGUCGCAGCAAAAGCAGGGAGAGGAGCAAAGACAGGGCCACCAAGAAGAGGAGUAAAACCAGCCGAGAGCGUGAAGAAAGUCACAAAAGGAGGCGGGAGCAGAGUCCUCCAACCAGGCGUGGUGGUGCCGUGGACACAGAGCUGGCCAGGAAGAAGCGAGAGCUGGAGGAGCUGAAUGAGAUGAUCGCCUAUAAAAAGUCACUGGUGGAAGUAGACCCCAGAGGACUGGACCCUGGACAGAGGACUUGCAUCGACUACGACCACGGCAGGAUUGCCAUGCCACUCACUGAGUACAAGCCAGUUCGGUCCAUCCUGAAGAAACGACCGGGGGAGCCCGAGUACCUUCGCUCUCCUUAUGACGAUCCUUAUUAUGGCCGACCAUAUGAUCCUUACCACAGUCGGCGGUACGGCGAGCCAUUUGGAGAUCCGUACGUUAGCCGUCAAUUGGCUGAGCGUCCGUAUGGCGAGCGUCCGUAUGGCGACCGCCCCUAUGAAAGUCAUCGCUAUGGUGAACCUCCAUACAGUGGACCGCCUUCCACCAGCCAUCGUUACACCGAUCGCUACGAUGUUUAUGAUGAACCUUACGACGACCGGUACUAUGACCCGGCGUACGGGGACCGACCAUACGAGUCUUAUCCCCCUGUCAAACAAAGCCAGUCCCCAGAACCCCGUGGUUCUUCGCCAUCAUCCCAGUCUGGUCAAGUUCCUACCACCACUUCCACAGCUGCUACUUCCUCCUCCAAACCCAUUUUCAGACCCCCUUCUCCCAUAGAUUCCCCUCCUAGAAGCCCCUCACCACAUCGGAAGGCGUCUCCUCCACGCAAGUCUUCUUCAACUGAGAAACCUCCGCUGGACCGCUUCCUGGACAUGCUCAGUAAGAAGGUGGAUGCUGAAAAAUCAGAAUCAACUCAUGUUACUGACGACCUUCUGCCCCACGAGCGGGCACUUCAGGAUGGCAAGGGCUUCUCUCGAAUUGUAGGAUUGGCCCAAGAGCCACCGAGCAUCGGUUUAAUCAUUAAGGAGGAGAAGAAGCAGCCAAGUCCAAAACGGUCCUCGGUAGAGAGAACAAGUGAGGAACCAAAGGAAGAACCGUAUGACAAGAUCCAGAGUCUGCUCCGAACAAUAGGCCUGAAGCUGAGUUCAGGAGAAGUGUCCAAACUGGCCAGCCGAGCUCAGGAGAAAAUCUACAGCCCCAAGUCCUCGUCCACCGAAAGAGAGACUUUUCCCUCUGCAAGUGAAGAGCUGCGGGCCAACAGAACCGGUUCUGUUGAACUGGAUCGCAUCCAUUCUCCCUCCCCUGCCAGAUCUUCCAGUCUGGAACCACAGAGCAGACAAAAAACUGCUGUGUCCGAGUACGAAGACUUCUUAGACCAGCAGGAGUUGGAGACUUUAAAGAAAGUGCAACAGCUGCAGAGUCUUACCAAGACAAUAGGAAGUCUGCCUUCUACCUCUUCCCCAAAACCUCCUCCUGGACCUCCACCUGCUAACUACCAGCAUCCAUCACCUCCACUCAACUGGCCACUCGGCAUCACCUCCCAGAUUUCUCUAAUUCAGACCACCACAUCUAACAGCGUGGGGACUGCUACUUCUUCUGCAGUUACUCCGCCUCAAAGACUAGGACCGCCUCCAGGACCUUCCCCUGGACCUCCUCCACGACGUUCUGCACAGCCUCCUCCAGGACCUCCGCCUGGUCCACCACCCCGGCAUUCUCCUGUACAGCCUCCUUUUAUAAAUCCCUCGUCGCACUCAGUCCUUCCUUUUAUUGGACAGCUGGAUACAGCUUCAACCCCCAGCUCCUCCAGUUCCUCACAGCCUUCAUCCUCUGCCUCAGUGACAUCACCCUCAUCAACACCACCAACCUCAACUUCAACAAGCAACGACCAGUCAGCCAUCUCUACAACAGUGGCCCGGUGUUUGAAGGUGAUAGAAACAGUGAAAUCUCUGAGCGUGCACCCUCCUGCCAAAACCGUGAAGUCAGUCCAGUUCAGCUUACCAGAAGAGUCUCCGUCGACCACCAGCCAGCUGACCUCCGUGGAGACGGAGGAUGACAUAAAGGCCAAGCAGAAGGAGAAGUUGGAUUUGUACAACCAGAAGCUGAUGGAGAAGAGAGAGCAGCAGUAUAAAGACAUGCUCUCCCGCAGGAAGCUAGCAGAGAAGAACAGAGAUGGUUCGCUGGUCCUUCCAGGUAAACCAGUCAGCAGCGAGCCCAAGAAUGUUUGGAUCUGUGGUCACUCGCUUGUUUACUGGGCCGAGUCGAGAGCCAAGUCUCCUGAGGUAGGUAUGCAGCUGGGCAUGGACCCCAGCAAGGUGACCAUCUGGUGGAAAGGCACCCAAGGUAUGACGUGGCCUCAGCUGCUGCCCCAGCUCCACCAGUUGAAGAUCACCUGGCCCAACCCGGAUGUUCUUAUCAUGCACCUGGGGGGCAACGACCUGAGCACCGAGAGCCCCACCAACUUGCUGGCCUCUGUCAAGAAGGACCUAACUUCCAUGAGGAGCAUCUUCCCUAAGUGUGUACUGGUGUGGUCCAACAUCCUUCCUCGUAGAGUUUGGCGCCACUCACCGGACAGCCACGAAGUUGACCUGGUGCGAACCACAGUGAAUCGCAGGAUCCAGAACAUAAUCUCUGAGUUGGGUGGGAUCUCACUGAGCCACGAUAACAUUCGGUGUGGCAUGAACACCGGCAUGUAUCGAGCCGACGGCGUCCACCUGUCCUCAAAAGGAAUCGAUGUUUUCAAUUUGAACCUGCAGGAGUUUUUGGAGAAGUGGGAGUCGGAGGUAAACUCUGAGAAGGGCUCAGAGGUGGUGCUCAACAAGAAGUUCCAACCAAAGCGCUGCUCAGGAGGAGUCCGAGACUCUGCAGAUGAACUGAAGGCUGGUGCAGAACCUGUUUCUGUCCUGAAUGUCCACACCUCCGUCAUGUCUUCUGCUGCACUCAACGAUCAGCAUAAACCCACAGAAAAGACGGUUUCCAUCUGUAACUACCUGAUCACUCCACCGGACACAUCCACACCGCAGGACGCCGGCCGGGCUCAGCGGGAGGAGAUGUUCCGCGGUCGGCCUUCGCCGAGAGGAGCCUACCCGCCGCCUUUUGAAGGCCGAGGUCCACCUCCGCCGAGGCCUCAGCCGGGACCGGGCUACCGGGACGACAGGAACCGACCCCGGGCCACUUACCACCCCGACUACCGCGACUACGGGCACCCGGACUCUUACCGCCGCUCCCCGCCGCGCAGGAGGUACCCUUCCCCCGGUGCAGGGAGCCACCGCGGCGGGGAGUACUGGGCUUCUGGUCCGCAGAGAGAGAGGUCUCCGGCACAGCGAGGUCCUGUAGACCACAACCUGGUCAUUACUGUGGGCAACGAGUUGACUGGACCACCUGGAUCCGCUCCCCUGCGCCAUCAUGACAGGGACUACCCCUCCCGACCCGAAUACGAGCGGAGCCGCAGCAGGGGGCGGAGCCGACCUCACAGCCGCAGUCCGGACCGGAGCCGGGCCAAGAGCCGGGGCCGCAGCAAGAGCCGCCACAGGGGCCAGAGCCGCAGUCCGGACCGGAGCCGGGCCAAGAGCCGGGGCCGCAGCAAGAGCCGUCCUCGUAGCAGAUCUAGAUCCAAGUCCAGGUCCAGAUCUAGGUCCAGAUCUAGAUCCCGGGGGAGAAGCAGAGGAAGGAGUCGGGGCCGGAGCCACGCUCGCAGCAAGAGUCGGCAGCGGAGUCGCAGUCGCAGCAAAAGUCGAGACCGAAGCGUCAGCAGCAGCUCGAGCAGCAAAGACGGAAGCGGCCCAAAAACCAGCAAAGAGUUCAAGGAGCUGGAGACGGCCCGGCGCCGCAAGGAGCUGGAGGAGAUCCUGUCCCUGCCCACCAAAUCAAUCCUGAAGAAGCGCAACAACUGCGAGGACUCGCCGUCUGUCCAGAGCUCCGACUCUCCUCGCCUGGACGGGUCCAACAUGUCCCGAGUGGCCGACCAGCUGCUGCAGGCUGUUAAAACCUCGGACCCUCGCGCCGUGGCCGCCAUGUUGGCGGAGCUGCGGUCCGACCCACAGAUGGCCCAACGUCCCAGACUCGAAGCCGAGAUCAAAGAGAUCUUUAACCUGCUGGGGGGCGCGGCGUCGGGCGCUCAGGAGAAGGUGGUGGACGACAUCGACGAUGAGGAGAAGUUCCUGUACGGGGACUCUGAGGAGCCCAAACCCCCACCGGCACCUGAGCCACUCCGACAGAACCUGGACCUGUACGGAGACGUAACGGAAGAUUCGCUGUACGUGGACCCCCUGCCGCAGAGGGCUGUCAGUCAGAUGUACGGCCUCCCACCAGGGGUCUCUGCUCACCUACAGACCACUCCCACUAUGACAGAGGUGGACACCAGGCAUGUGAGCCGGCCCUCAAUCAGUGUGGACCAGAACAUCAUGGUCCAGGUCUCGAAUCCUGCAUACCCACCGGGGACUGAGCCUCUGGAGGAGAGCGAGCGCCAAGCACUGGAGGAGUAUGAGAAGAUCCAGGAUCUGCUGAAGACCAUCGGUUUGGACCUGGGUGUUGCUGAGAUCGGCAAAAUGGCUGCCAGGACCAAAGAGCGUCUCCAUGGCAACAAACCACCUCCAAAGACACCCACUCGCCGCCGCCAGUACUCGUCCGGCAGCUCUGACGGCAGCUGGGACCGCCAAAGGAGGCGGAGCCGCAGCGGCAGCUCCUCCUCCAGCAGCAGCCGGAGCCAAAGCCGUGGCCGGGGGGCCAAGCGGGGGGGCAGCUGGAGCAGUGACGACAAGCGCAAGAGAAGUGCGGCCCCGCCUAAAACCCACAAAGACCAGGACGGGAAGGAGGCGAAACAAGAGCGGAGCGACCCGGCGCCUCAGACCAUCAACCCCACCCCCAUUCCACCCCCUCACCCGGUCAUGCCCAUUCCCACCUUCCCCCCCUCACAGGUCCACAGCAUGAUUCCCCCCAACUUCCCCCCAUCGGCCUAUGGACAGUACGGGAACUACAUGCCCUACAUGACCCAACAGUGGCCACCCAUGUACCCGCCCCCCAGCCUGGCUCCACCGCCGCAAACAGAAGAGUUUCCCCCUCAGUCCUACAACCCGGCCCCUGAGCCAGGGGUCAUAGGUCCAGUUAGGAGCACUUCUCGGGACGGAGACAAGCCGAGCAGCCAGGUCCAACGAGUUUCUGACGAGCAGAACAACGAGAGCCAGAAACAAAAGGUUCUGGAGGAACGAGAGAAGCUGAAGGAAGAGAGGGACAUGAGGAUGACGAAGAAGGAGUAUCUGAUAAAGGAGCUGGAGCGACUCCGGAAGCAGCAGGGUGAGCUCCUGAGGAAGAAGCGCAGGGAGAAGGACGGCCACAAAGACCCUCUGCUGCAGGAGAUCAGCCGGCUGCAGGAGGAGGUCAUGAUUCAGAUCUCCAGCCUCCGCAAGGAGCACGAAGCCGCUGAGAAGAAGCGCAGCGAGAUUGAGAAGGUGGCACUCAUCCUCGGUCUGAGCCCGUCGGACCGGCCCCGCAAAACCAGCAAACAGCCAGAGGUUCGGGAGGAAGCGCCUGCGCCACCACAGAACAAGAAACAAGAACCCGAAAGGAGCCCAGAGUGCCGGCAGGGUGCCGGUGCCUCCGUAGUGAAGCCCACCUCAGCGGCUCCAUCGAGGGCGUCCCUGGAGAAGCUGUCCGUCACAACCCUGGCUUCGGCGCCAGCCCCGCCCCCCGAGCCGUUCGAAUACUAUGACGCUGGAAACCAUUGGUGUAAAAACUGUAACAUCACCUCCGGUUCAAUGUUUGAUUUUUUCACGCACUUGCACAGCAAAUCGCACAGAAAGACGUUGGACCCGUACGACCGGCCCUGGGCUUCCUCCCCUACCAAAAUCUCCAAGAGCGUCUCAUCAGAGGAGAAGCUGACAAAACCCGCCAAAGGUUCGGAGUUCCUGAUUCCCGUCAGAGGAUUCUUCUGUCUGCUGUGUAAAGAGUUUUAUGGAGAUGCCAUCUGUGCCGAAGAGCACGUCGUCACGCACCUUCACAAUGAGAAGUACAAGAAACAAAUGUACGAGAACCCGCUGUACGAGCAGAGGAGGAACCUGGACCGCCAGGCGGGCCUGGCCUUGGAGAUGAGCGGGAAGAAGCGCAAACACGAAGACGAGGAGAAGGGCGCAAAAGACAAGGAUGAAAAAAACAAACACAAAAAGGAGAAAAAGGAUAAGAAGAAAGAGGAGGAGGUGGAGGAAGCUGUCCAAAAGGAGAAAUUUAAAGUUAAGGAGGAAGAGGAGAAGCCGAAACCAGGCAGGAAAGAGGGAGAUUUUAAAAAGAGCCUAGAAGAGGAUAAGACGUCUUUUGGCAAGAAAGAUGAGGAGGAAAAGUACAAAUACAGCAAGAAGGACGAGAAGUACCGCUCCAGCAGGGAUGACGAAGACCGCGGUGGUCGCUACAGAAACAGCAGAGACGAAGAGUAUCGGCACCGAUACCAGCGAGAUGAUGACGAUCGAUACAACGACCGGCCAAAGUAUGGCCCAAGGAACGACGAGGACAAAUACAAGUAUGAUAAAUAUUCAGACGCCAGGUUAAAAUACGACCGGGAGCGAGACGAAGACAAGGCCGAAAGGGAGGGGUUUAAAAAGCCCGAGCCAGACAGGCCGAUGGCAAAACCAAACCCGAGUAUGUCCGAACCGCCGACAAAACCCCAAGAGCUCCCCAAAAUCUUCUGUGGACCAAGUCCGGCCAUGAGAGCAAAGCUCCGCAAGCAGAGCCUUGAAGGAGGAAGAUCGGCGCCGGCCGCUACGACGACUCCUUUCGGGAAGUUCACCUGGAAGAAGAAGGAGAACCUCCUGGCAAAAGAGGCGCAGAAAGUUGCCGCCGAGUUCAUAAGAGACGACGAAACGGCUUCCAAAGAUGUGCCCGUCUCUGUGGAGGACUCAUUUGCAAAGUCUGUAGCGGUCGCCAAGGAGAUCGCCCAGAAGCUGGGAGGUGAGCACGGCGUCCCUCCUCCCUGGGUUGCCAACCGCGGACGGAUCCGACCCAAUCUUCCACCACCUGCCGCUCACUUGAGGAGAACAACCGCAGCGGGAAAACCUGCACCUCUUAACACCUUCAUCAACCUUCGACCCCAGGGGCCUGGCAUAGUCGAGCCUGUUUCUGGUUCCCCCGCAACUCAGUUCCAGAAACACGGCCCGUUUGGGGUAACCGGACCGUUUGACGUGGCAUCUUCAUCAGUGGUGAUUAAACCAGAACUGUUCGGACCUAAACUCCCACCAUCGAUGUCCACACCGGCACCAUCUGAGUGUAGUCCUGCUCCUCCAGGUUCUGAACCUAGUCUAACUCAGCCAAAACCUGCUCUAUCUGAAGCUAAACCUGGCCCCCCAGGUCCUAAACCUGGUCCAAUUGGGCCCAAACCUGCUCCAUUUGAAGCUAAACCUGGUCCACCAGGUCCUAAACCUGGUCCAACCGGGCCCAAACCUGCUCCAUUUGAAGCUAAACCUGGUCCACCAGGUCUGAAACCUGUUCCAGUUGAACCUAAAAUGGGUCCACCAGGUUCUAAACCUGGUCCAAUUGGGCCAAAACCUCCUCCAUUUGAAGCUAAACCUGGUCCACCAGGUCCUAAACCUGGUGUAACUGGGUCCAAACCAGCUUCAUUUGAAGCUCAACCUGGUCCACCAGGUCUGAAACCCGGUCCAGCUCAGCCAAAACUAUCUCUAUCUGAACCUAAACCUGUUCCAGAACCUACUCGCUUCCAGGUGAACUGUGCUCCACCCGUGUGUCAACCCUCCACCGUUGAGCAAAAACUAGUACCAUCUGAAUUCAAAUCCACACCACCCCCUUCAUCCAAGGCUCCGCCUCCACAGCAAACAAUGAUAAAGAUUGUAUCAGAUGUGGCGGCUCCCGGCGUACCGGAGGAGGAGCAGACACAGACUGUGUUCGUCAAACCUCCACCUCGAGUGAACGUGGGCGACGGCGCUCCCAGGUCGGAGAGACUGACGGGUCACCUGGCUGCAGCCAAAGCUCAGCAGUUAUUCGGAAUCUUUUAUAGCAGCGGCACCCAGUCAGGUCCCUCCCCCUUUUCCAAACCAGAACCUGACACCAGAACCUGCAGGAGUGACACCACCAAGAGUCCACUUCCAGAACCAGCUCAACUCCAGGACAAACCCUGUCCUCCAGCUAAGGUCCAAACAGCUCCACAACCGGAUCCAAAGAGUCCUCUUCCCGCCCGGAAGGAACCGGACAUUCAGAUCACAUCUGUUUGGUCCCUUCAGUCCACCUCGGAUCCAAAAGGUCCAACACCAGCUCCGUCCGAGGUUCAGAACCAGUCCUCUCCUCCUAAACCUGAAGCCCAAAUCAGUCCUCGACCCAAGUCCACUGAACCAGAACCAACACCUGAACCCCAGCCCAAACAAGACCCUAAGAUCCAAACAGAACUACAGUCGGAACCACAAGCAGACCAGGAAGCCAAGUCGCUAACGGAGACGACUUCAGAACCGCAGUCUAAACCCAGACCAGGUCCCAAAACCAGAGGCAAGACCACAUCAGUCAAAAAGACACCUCCUGCAUCUGGUUCGGUCCGACAAACGCGCUCUCAGACUAGAUACCAGACCCGGCAGCAGCAGCAGCAGGACCAGCCUGAACCAGAACACGAGUUGGCUUCAGAGGACCAGAAAGGUUUUGAUACAUCAGAACCGGACUCCAGGCUGCAGCUAGGGACCGACACAACCAGCGAGGAGGAUUCUGCGAUGAUGGAGAUCACCCCGGAGAACCUGGGCCUCCCAUCAGAUAUGACCUCCCUGGACUUUGACUACAAUUUUAACUUUGAGUAAAAGUUAAAAACUGGUUCUGGUCACAGAAAGUUCUGGACGAGAAAAAGACUCAAGACAUCGAACCAAAACUGUAUUUUGAUGUUCAGAUAAAUCGUGUCCACCUGAUCCAGAAUCUGUUUUUACUUUGUUCUAGUUUAGAUUCGUUGGGUCAGGAUAUUUCAGCUUCUGCUCACAGAGCGAAUGAUCCGACUCUUCAGUGGAACCGAGAUGUUUCCUGCUCCUUUAAAGGUCCAGGUGACGUGUUUGUCCGGCUUUUUCCACAUGAAAAGGUUCUGUUUGUCCUCCUGAAGGUAACGCUGCGUUCUGUUUGUAGAUUUUCUGGAAGAACCCGUUCACUCGUCAUAUGAUCCCCCUCCUCCUGUUCUGUUCCUCACUUUCAGUAGUUUUAAUAAACGUUGUAGAAAAUCCA